UUUUAUCAUGAUAAUAUUAAGUUGUUCAUUAAAGGAUUGCAAGAAUCAAGAGUCAAUCGUCUAUAGCAAUCGACAUUAAUUUAAGCAUUUUACCGCGUUGAAAUUUUAAAUAAAAGAAGUUUGCAAUCUCGUAAAAAAGAUAGUGGUGCAUCGAGAAAAAAAUUAAUCAUUUCAAAUUGUGAUGAAUAUUUCAACGUAAUAUUAUAAUUUUUAUAAAAUUCUGUAAAUAUUUAAUCAAUUUUUCUAUACUUUUUAAACAAAAAGUGCGCUUGAUCGAACGUUUUAGAUAGAUCAUCCCCGAUUACGAAUAUGAAUCGAUGAUAGAAAGUAUUGUUUGGGGUGUGAAACUUCAAUUAAGGACGAAUGCGCAUGUACUUAAAAAUCUUCUCACAUAUGAGACAUGUCAGAUGUGACAUAUGAGACGUGUCAGUUACGUCAACACCUCGCACCUCUGAGCUCAGGCAUAGAAUGCGAUGUUUAGCAAUGUGUCAAUUACUUUUUUAACAUCGAACGAAAGAAGAAUACGCCAUAAUGCAAUGUGGAAUCGUACAAAUCGAUCAUUCUUUUCGCGUUGGAAAAUAGAACGGACGAAAUAUCUGUGUUUGUUGGCCGAGGACUCUUCGAUAUUCACCGGACAUAGAAUCAUUAGAAUAAGUCCUGACAAUGUCCCAUCAAAAAGCCAAUAUCCGAGGAAUCGUAUCGUUUCACAUAAAUACACCUUGUGGAAUUUCAUCCCUAAAAAUCUAUUCGAACAGUUUCGGCGAAUAGCAAAUUUCUAUUUUCUUCUUAAUACAAUAGUAGCAUUGUCGAUAGAAUCUCCAAUUUUACCAGUGACCAGCUCAUUGCCCUUAACGUUCGUCAUUUUGGUGACUGCUUGCAAACAGGGAUACGAAGAUUAUCUACGAUAUAGAGUAGAUAAAAGCAUUAAUAAAAGAUAUGUAACAGUUAUUCGCAACAAAUGUGCACAGGAAAUUCAUUGUGAACAAAUAGUCGUAGGAGAUAUAGUAAAGGUAAGACGAGACGAGGAUGUUCCCUGUGAUCUUCUUCUUUUACACAGCGACGAAAGUUCUGGUUAUUGUUUUGUUACAACGUCAAACCUUGAUGGAGAAACAAAUUUAAAGUCGUUACACGUACCGAAAAUCAUAUCCAAGAUGCCCCUACAAGAGAUCGUAUCGAUGCAAGCGACUAUAACGUGUCAGGCUCCAAUGCCAGAUCUUUAUAGUUUUAAUGGAAAAAUGGAAAUAAAAAAUAAUUCGAACGAAGUGACGACGAGUGGAUUUUUAACGAUAGAUAAUAUGUUGCUUCGUGGAGCAAUAUUAAAAGACAUCGAUAGCGUGAUUGGUUGUGUCAUUUACACCGGUAAAGAUACAAAAUUAUCGUUAAAUUCGAAAACAGUACCGAAUAAAUUUUCAACGGUAGAAAGAUCCAUCAAUAAAUACCUUACUGCUUUUAUCAUACUUCUGCUGUUUGAAAUAAUUAUUUCAACGAUUUUUAAAUUCAUAAUAGAAUCAAAUUCAACGUGGGACGUCUAUUUGGGGGAGAAAAGUUCCACAACCCCGUUGUCUCUUUUUAUAGAUUUACUCAGUUUUACUAUUUUAUAUAAUUACAUCGUUCCUAUAUCGUUAUACGUUACGAUCGAAAUACAAAAAUUUCUAGGAUCUGUUUAUUUCAAAUGGGACAUCGAUCUAUACGACGAAGCAUCCGAUCAACCAGCAUUGAGCAACACGUCGGAUUUAAACGAGGAACUUGGUCAGGUCGAGUAUUUAUUCACUGAUAAAACUGGUACGCUAACUGAAAAUCUGAUGGUAUUCAGGCGAUGUUCCAUCAACGGACAAGUAUAUAUAGAAAAAGACUGUGAUGGAAAUCUUUAUUUAUUACCACCUAACGGAGACGAAAGGGAGGCUGUAAAAUUACAAUCGUGGCAGUCUGAAAUUUGGCACUUCAUGAUGAGUAUUUCUCUUUGCCACGUUGUUCAAAUUGCACCACCAAGUCGGAAGUCAACGAUUAGUACGCAACGCUUAGAGUAUCGUAAGAGUUUCAGAUUAAAGACGAUUACCAAAGUUAAUAGUUCGUUGCUUAUGCAUCCAGAUCUUCCAGAAUAUCAAGCAACAUCGACGGACGAGAAAGCUUUGGUAGAAGCAAGUGCGAGAUGCGGUGUUAUAUUUCACAAAGACACGAGGGACACAAUGGAAAUUAAAAUAAACAAUAGUAUUCUUAUUUUUACGAAAAUGGACAUAUUAGAAUUCAGUUCUGAAAGAAAAAGAAUGUCGGUAAUAGUUAAGGAUACUGCGGAUGAUUUGUGGUUGUAUUGUAAAGGUGCGGAUACAUCGAUUUUACCUUUAAUUAUAGAAGGAGACGUCGAAACAGCAGCUGCUCAUGUAGAAGAUUUCUCUAUGAGAGGAUUGCGUACCUUGGUAGUGGCUUAUAAAAAAUUAACCCAAAGAGAUUAUACACGGUUAACACGUAAUAUCGAAGUUGCAAGACAAGUCAUCGGACAAGAUCGAGAAAUAUGCAUACAAUGUGCCUACGAAGAAAUGGAAAGUGGUCUAACUUUACUUGGAGUAACGGCGGUCGAAGAUCGUCUUCAAGAAGGCGUUGAAGAAACGCUCGAGUGUCUAAAAGUAGCUGGAAUAAAGAUUUGGGUACUUACCGGUGACAAAGCAGAAACAGCAGAAAAUAUAGCUUUCUUGUGUGGUCAUUUUAAAAAGGGUACUGAGAUACUACGUUUAAUGACACAAACAACGAAGCAAACUUGCUUCGUUACUCUUACCAAUUUCGAGCGUCAAAUGAAAUUGGAACCUCAUAAACAGUAUGGAUUUAUAAUCAAUGGAAGUUGUUUAAGUUUGGUUAUACAAACGUAUCCACAGUUGUUUAAAAAGAUUGCAAUGUCAUGUGAGUCAGUCGUAUGUUGCAGAUUAACGCCUCUCCAAAAAAGCGAGAUCGUACAAAUGAUAAAAAAUACAAAAGGAAUAAUAACCGCGGCGGUAGGUGAUGGCGGGAACGACGUUUCUAUGAUUCAAGAAGCUCAUGUCGGUUUAGGAAUAAUGGGUAGAGAAGGACGUCAGGCAACGAUGUCAUCGGAUUUCGCAUUUACACGAUUUAAACAUCUGAAGAAAGUAUUUCUUGUACACGGACAUUGGUACUAUCGACGAAUCAGCAUUUUAACGCAAUACUUUUUCUAUAAAAAUUUUGUCUUCAUUACUCCACAAGUAUUAUUUGGUAUACACAAUGGUUUUUCUACUCAGGGGCUGUAUGACAGUAUGUUUCUGAUGUUAUUCAAUGCAUUAUUUACAUCAGUUCCAAUAGUUUUAUUUGGAUUAUAUGAACAGGACUAUUCUUCCAAUAAACUUUUAAGCAAUCCAUAUUUAUAUAAGCUUCAUAAAAAGAAUUUUUUAUUAUCUUGGAAGCAAUUUAUAUUGUGGUUCACUAUGGGUACAUGGCAAACUUGUAUAAUAUAUUUUGUAAUAUAUUUUUAUGUAUAUAAUAAUCCUAUAAUCUUAUAUGAUAAUACGCCAGUAGAACUCUGGUCUUAUAGUACAUGGAUAUUACAUAUGGCUAUAUUUGUCAUUAAUUGUCAGUUAUUAGUAUGCAGUUCAUAUUGGACAGUACCAUUUGUAUUUAUCAUUAUAUUAUCUGAAUUAUCCUUUUAUAUAUUUGCAUUUUUAUAUUCUAUGACAAACGUACGAUAUGACGGUGAUAUGCUCUCUGUAUUUCCCAAAUUGCUAUUAUCAAGUGCAUUCUGGUUACUUACUUUUGUAAUACUUGUUGUUUCAUUAAUUCCUGGAUAUUUAAUUAAAAUUUAUGAGUCGUAUAGACCAAAUAGAAUUCUUCGUAAAAAUGAAGAAACUCCAGACAUUAUGCAUUUUGUUGAUGGUGAUAAUGAAACAGUUACAUCUUAUCAACUUCAGGAUCGAAACAACAGAAAUAUUUUACCAUAGAAGGGUAAUUUAGAUUUCAAUAGGGACGAAUAAAUCAAAAUUAAAUGCAUUAUAAAUGCUUUUACUUUUUUUUUAUUACAGUAAAAUACUCUGUAAUAUAUUAUUUAUUUUUAACUUCUUUAUAAAUUU